UUCUCGCCGAAGCAGUAGGUCGACAGUGUCUGUCUCGAGCAGACGCUUUUCCUGGUUCGCUCUCUCUUUCUCGUCCUUUCCUGCACGCACACGCGGGAUCCGGCAAUCGAUAAACAGUCUCAAAAGCUAACGGCUUUCUUGUUGUUCAGUGUACGUUCAGUGACUAACUGCAAAGCAGCGUGCCCCCAUGGCUGAAGGCGGACCAUGCAUCCCGGCUCGCUACAUUUUUACGGCUUUAGUCUCUAUCGGUCUGGCCAUCAUUUACGGAUUGAAAGUGAACUUGAGUGUAGCCAUCGUCGUCAUGAUCAACUCGACGGAAUUGGCUUUGAUGGCAUUGGCUGCUGAUGACCACCAUAACAGUCAUCACGGAACAAAUGAAUCAGCAUCACUCAGUCCCGAAUUCGCUUGCCCAGCUCCCGACACAGGAUCGAACGUUACGGUAGCUGUACAGGACGGACCUUUCGCGUGGCCAGAGCCGACGCAGGGAUUGGUAUUAGGUGCCUAUUUCUGGGGCUAUAUUCUGACUCAAAUUCCUGGUGGACGAGUUGCAGAAAUGUUCUCUGCCAAGUGGGUCAUCUGGGGCUCUGUUCUCGUUAAUGUAGUCUUCACGAUCCUCACACCUCUGGCGGCUAAUUUGAGUUACAUAGCCGUUCUUGUUGUUCGCUUCAUUGAAGGAUUAGGCGCCGGCGUUUCUCUUCCGGCCAUUCACGUCAUGUUGACAAAAUGGGCUCUUCCACAAGAGAGAAACAUGAUCUCUUCCUUGGCCUAUGCAGGAAUGGCGCUUGGUACCGUCAUCUCUCUCCCAUUUUCCGGAAUUUUGGCGGCUGCGUUUGGUUGGGAAGCAGUCUUUUACGUUCAAGGAGGUCUGGCCAUGGUCUGGUGUCUUCUAUGGCUCAUCUUUGUCUACGAUUCCCCUCAAGAUCAUCCGCGCAUUCAUCCGGUUGAGUUGGAGCUUUUUGAAUCUUCGAUGCAAGGUGGUGGCGGCGGUCACGGACAUUCGAACUUGCCUGUACCUUGGAAAGCCCUUCUGAAAUCCGGACCUUUCUGGGCCAUCCUGGUGGCGCAUACCUGUAACAAUUUCGGUUGGUACAUGCUGCUCGUCGAAUUGCCGACCUACAUGAAGCACAUUCUCCGAUUCAAUAUUAGCGAGAAUGCUGGACUCUCUGCUGUCCCCUAUCUCUCGCUUUGGCUCUUCAGUGUCGUCUGGAGUAACCGCUUGGAUUGGGCGAAAAGCAAGGGAUGGAUCACGACCACCACCGUCCGCAAACUGUCAACCGCUGUCGGCUCUCUCCUUCCGGCCUUGUGCUUCGUCGGUGUCAGUUUUGCUGGAUGCGAUCGUCAAGCAGCUGUAGCUCUCAUGACCCUUGGUACCAUGUUUAUCGCCGGAAUGUAUUGCGGUUUCCUCUCCAAUCAUAUUGACAUCGCUUCCAACUAUGCCGGUACUCUGAUGGCCCUCACCAACACAGCGGCUACAAUUCCAGGCUUCAUCGUGCCUGUUUUUGUCGGCGAAAUGACGCACGGAAACCAAAGUCUCGGCCAGUGGCAGAUCAUCUUCUUCACGACGUCUGCAGUUUUGCUGGUAGAAUUGAUUGUAUACACUUUACUGGCUUCGGGUGAAGAACAACCCUGGAACCGGGCAUACACUGCUGCAGCUGAAGGAAAGAACGGCACCCACAUGUCGCCCGAAGAAGAGAAAUUGAACCAGACGAGUCGUGCUUAAAGAAUUCAAACAAGUUUUGGUGCAAUUCUAAUUCUUGAUGGCCGGCCUCGCUGAAAAACUGAACGCAAUCUCGAGAAAGAAUUUUGUCAAUCGUGAAACGCCAUGUUUUUUCUUCCCUGUGUUCUUCUCAUUCAAAUCCAGUAAAUAUGUGGUGACAAUCUUCUAAAGUUUGAGUACAAACUCGUGAUUGUCCCUCAUCUGCGAUUUGAAUCCGUGCUCGGCUGUGUUACAAUAGUAAAGGCUAAUUGGAUAUUAGAUAUAUAUUUGUGUUCAGUUCGUUGUUUUACACCGCUAUGUAUCAUAUUUAAAAUGACCUCGUGUUCCAUAUUUUCUAACGGCUUUAAAUCCCAUUUUUAAAUCAUUUAUCAUACAACCAAAAAUGCAAAAAACCAUUUUUGGCCAAAUAAACGCACUGGAUCGUG